UUUCCUGUCCUCCGGAUGGGAGAUCCUGAGAAGGGGCAGCGGAGGUCCGCUGCCGAAGACAUACCUUAGCACCAUCUGCCGCUGGGGGAGGGUCUGGGCCGAUUGCUGUACGGAGACCUUUUCCCUGGGGAGCGGUAGUUCUGUGGCCGUGCCGGAAGCCGCUCCCCGCAAGUCUGCCUCCUCCUUCUGCGCUACUGUCCGGUCCUGCGGGGAGCCGCUUUGGCCGUGUUCAGGCGGCUUCUCACUCUUGUCCCGGGGUGAGGGCCGCCGCCAGUACUAAGAAUGGUGGCUGCGUGCAUCAAGAGCUUUUGCGUAUGCGCGCGGCCGCUCUUGGGCGCAUUUUGAUGAUGUCGGGGGCGGAGCCUUCAGGGACCGCAGAAUACCGGAAGUAGGAGCCGAGGCGUGUUUUUUCAAAUAUAAAAGCGGCUGCAGAAGCAGGCAGCCGGCGUAGAAGGCACACAGUGUUUGUGCUGAAGAGGUUCCCAGCUUUGGCAGUGUGAUGGAUCCUGUGGAUGGACGCGCUGAACCCCUGGAACCCUUGAGGCCCGGUAACGGUCCUAAGGAGUGCGGAAGGAAAAGUUUCUCCGCUAUGGGUAAGAACGUUCUUUUCCUUACUAAUGGUAUAUUAUUUGAUUGUUGUAGACCUCAAAGCCGCCAAGAAAGUCUUCUAGCAAGACCAAGCACAAGGAAUGUGCAGGAUGUAAAGUGGCCCUGUCCGUUCAUACCUUAAACCUUUAUGUUCUACAUGCAUAGAUAAGCUUGUGGCGGAAGAGUCCCAGAGUUUGACCAGCUCCAUGAAAUGUUUGAUUAGAUCAGAAGUGAAGGCUUCACUUAAAGCAUUCAGUAAAGGCCGUACCAGGUCCCCGGAUAGGUCCUCAGAAUAUGAAAGGGGGGAAUUUGACUCUUCUGAUACCGAAGAUAAAGAAUCAGGACAGUUGUUUUCCAGCGACUCUGAUUCAUCGGAUGACGAAUAUUCAGGAAGAUCCUUUUUCCCCCCCUGAGUAUACACAGCCAUUACUGAAAGCUGUAAGAUCCACUAUGCAGCUAGAAGAUAUCAAACAGUCUAGAUCUGCUGCGGAUCAAGCCUUCCAAGCGCUAGGCCCCCCAAAACAUAGGGUUUUUACUAUGCACAAAAAUGUACAGGGCUUUAUCAAAAAAGAGUGGAAAAAUCCUGACAGGAAGUUUUUUAUUCCCACCUCAGUAAAAAGAAAGUACCCGUAUGAUGAAGAGGUAUCCUCAAUAUGGGAUAAGGCUCCUACAGUGGACGCCCCGGUCGCCAAAAUACUGUAGCUAAAAAAGCAGCACUUCCAUUUGAUGAUCUAGGUUGUCUGUCUGAUCCUCUAGAUAAAAAGGCCGAUAUUUUUUUAAAAUGUGCCUGGCAAACAUCAGCCACUUGUCUCAGACCUGCUAUCGCAGCUACCUGGGUGUCCAGGUCCCUCUGUCUCUGGUUGGACCAGCUAGAGAUUCAUCUGGAAGAAAAGAAACCUAGGGAAGAAAUCCUGGCCUCAUUACCUACAUUCUCUAAGGCGGCGGAUUUCUUAACGGAUGCUUCUACCGAUGUUAUCCGUUUCGCUGCCAAAUCCUCGGCCAUGACUAAUGCCGCUAGAAGAGCCAUUUGGCUCAAGUCAUGGAAAGGGGAUCAAGGUUCUAAAGCCAGACUCUGCGCCCUUCCAUGUGAAGGGAACAGACUUUUUGGAUCUUGUCUGGAUGAAAUAUUAGAGAAAGCUUCAGACAAGAAGAAGGGAUUUCCUACUUCUCAGAGGAAUCCCUUCUUUCGUAAACCCCAGCAGAGUUUUAGAAGACAGAUGGGCAAACCUUAUAAUAAAAAGGAAAGAGACAGGUUUCAGAAAAGAUCAGGUGGAUUCCUCUUUAUGACACAGGAUAAUACCCUGAAAGGGAGACAACAAUAAUGCCAGACUCCAGUUUGGGGGAAGGUUGGCUUACUUUUUCCCGGCUUGGACAGGGAUUACCCAGAACAAGUGGGUCCUGGGGGGAUCAGGAAGGGAUUCCGAUUGGAGUUCCUGUGUUAUCCUCAAGACUCUUUCACCUGCCCUCCCUUUCCCAGAGACUACCAAAAGUCCAAGGUGCUGGAAUCGGAAGUCCGUUUACUAUUAGACAAAGGUGUAGUCUGCCAGGUACCCAAGAGGGAGGAAGGCAAGGGGUUUUACUCCCCUCUAUUUUUGAUCAAGAAACCCAAUGGAUCCUUUCGCAUGAUAUUGAACUUAAAAAAGUUAAACAAGUUCUUAAAAUACAAAAGGUUUCAUAUGGAGACAAUAAAAACGACCCUAGAUCUAUUGUUCAAAGACUGCUGGAUGGCGAGCAUAGAUCUAGAGGAUGCUUAUUGCCAUAUCCCAAUUCAUGCUUCCUCCCCAAAAAUGUUUAGAACAGCAGUCUACAUGCAUGGUAAGCUUCUGCAUUUACAAUACAGGGCACUCCCCUUCGGGGUAUCACAGGCCCGAGAAUUUUUGCAGAAGUGGUGGCGGAGAUGGUGGUGUUGAUACCCUAUCUGGACGACUUUUUGUUCAUUGCCCACACAGAAGACCAAUUACAGAAAGAUCUACUGUAGUUCUGGUAUGUUCCCUGUUAAAAGAUCUCUGGUGGAAGAUAAAUCGUGCAAAAUCUUGUUUAACCCCAUCUCAGAAUUGUACCUUUUUAGGAAUGCAGCUAGACUCCAAGUCCCAGAAGACAAUUCUCCCUCAAAGAAAAGUCUCUUCCACCAUAGAGCAUGUUUGGGACCUGUUUCGUUCCUUCCAGUGUUCUUUCAGACAAGCAAUGAUGGUACUGGGUCAUUUCCGGCUGUACCCUUCGCGCAGAUUCAACCUCUCAGUGGAACAGCCUUGGUCUUUUGCAGAUCCCAUGAUGAUAACUACGGACGCCAGUCCCGGGGGCUGGGGUGUACACUCCGAAAAAAGAUACUGGCAAGGAAAGUAGGAAAAUGCACUUCAAACUACAAGGAGCUCAAAGCUGUAGUGAUGGCCCUAAAGAUUGCAAUUCCGGAAGUCUCAAACAGAAAACUUGUCUUCUACUCAGACACCUCAACGACAGUGGCUUAUAUAAAUCGCCAGGGCGGAAGAAGAGUACCAUCCCUUCUCUCCCUCUGCCAGGAGAUUUUUCAGGUAGCAGAAGAGAGGAACCUCUUUCAAUCCUAAGUCCAUCUAAGGGGGAAAGAGAAUAUUCUAGCCAACUUUCUAAGUCGAGUAAUGCUCAGUCAAGCAGAAUGGAGUCUGAACGAGGAAGUAUUCUCUCAGAUUGUGUCCAGAUUUGGGUCUCCGACAAUAGACCUCUUUAGCUCCCGGAAGAACAGGAAGGUAGAAAGAUUCUUCUCCCUAAAUCGUUCAGAGAAUCUACAGCUAUAGACUGUCUAGCUCAAGACUGGAAUCAGGAAUACGGCUACGCCUUCCCUCCCCUUUCCCUAAUUCCACAAGUCCUGAAAAAAGUGCAGAGGGAAAGAGCCUCCAUAAUAUUAGUAGCCCUAAGAUGGCCCAAGAGAGUGUGGUAUUCAACCCUGAUGAACCUAUCCAGGGAGCCCCCUUGGAACAUUCCUCCAAGGAAAGAUCUUCUCUCCCAGGGCCUGGUCCUACAUCCCCACCCAGAAAUUCUGCAGUUAUCAGUAUGGAAGUUGACAGGGCUAUCUGGUUAGGGAGAGGCCUUUCCGACAGAGUAGUUUUCACCCUUUUAGGCAGCAGGAAGGUUACUACGGCUAGAAAGUAUAAUAGUCUGGAAAACCUUCUCUUCCUUUUUAGGGUACAGUCCAGAUCCGUUUAGCCCUCCAGAAGUCCCUAAGAUCCUGGAUUUCCUACAGGCUGGUCUGGAUAAGGGGCUCAAGGCUUCCACCUUAAAGGUGCAGGUGGCGGCUUUGAGUAACUUUUUUGACUUCCAACUAGCUGUCCACCCUUUGGUUAAGUGUUUUCUAUCUGCAGCAGCUAGACUCCAUCCUUCCCUAAGACCUCUUUCCCCUCCCUGGGAUCUAAAUAGGGUUUUGACAGCACUUACACAGGAGCCCUUUGAACCUCUGUCCGAAGUUUCGAUAGACAUCCUGUCCAUAAAAAUGGCUUUCCUCUUAGCCAUCACCUCCGCUAGGAGGAUAUCAGAGAUCUAAGCCUUUUCGGCUUAUCCUCCUUACACCACUAUUCUGGAGAACCAAGUAGUCAUUAGACCACUUCCAACCUUCUUACCCAAGUAGUCUCUGAUUUUCACAGAAGCCAAGAUGUUGUGCUGCCGUCCUUUUUUCCAAACCCUUCCAACAGUUCAGAACAGAAAUUUUUAACUUCUUAGAUGUUAGAAGAUGUCUGCUGGCCUAUUUAAAAGCCACCUCCCCCUGGAGAAAGGACGAAAAUCUCCUGGUCCAGUUUCUAGGCAAAAGCGAAGGGCGCAAAGUGUCUUCUGGGGUCAUUGCUAGAUGGGUUGAAAAGGCCAUAGUUAAGGCUUAUGUUUCUUUAGGGCUUCCUCCUCCAUCUGGAUUCGGGGCCCAUUCCACUAGAGCAGUCUUGACCCCCUGGGCAGAGAGAGCAGAUGUUUCCCUAGUCCAAAUCUGUAGGGCAGCCACCUGGAGUUCUCCACAUACCUUCCUUAGGCAUUAUAGAUUGCAGCUUCAUUCUGAUGCAUCCUUCGGAGAGAGGGUUCUUCAGGCUGUAGUCCCUCCCUAGGUUCUGAUUUAUAGUUUAUCUCGCAUAGGGUGCUGUCAUGGGUGAGGGGAAAACAACAUUGCUUACCGAUAAUUGUUUUUCUCGAUACCCAUGACGGCACCCUCCAAAAUUCCCUCCAAUAAAAAAAUAAAAUAAAAAUAUAUAAUAUAAAUAUAUAUGUCUAUAUGAGGAAAUAUGGAUAUAUAAGUCGAAGAUUCUAGUACAUAGGUACCGCUUCUCUCUACGGAGAACAAUUUAUUUCUUCCACUGGUGCUUGGUGGGGGUGUGUUUUUUAUCUUCUCAGGUUUCCUGUUCAGAUGGGAGGUCCUGAGUCGCAUAGGGUGCCGUCAUGGGUAUCGAGAAAAACUAUUACCGAUAGAAGUGUGGAUCCAAUGUAUUAUGGUUGUCUGCUGACGAUGAUCAAGCACUUCUGGAAAUGGGGAAACCUCAGAGCCAGCUGAAUGAGAGGAUAUUAAACAUCACCUUGGAAAUCAUCUUCCUGCUGACCGGAGAGGAGUAUGGACCUGUAAAUGAAAAUGUGAUACGCAGCAGUGCCCACCAUGUGUCUGGAGGAUGUAGUAGCACUCAGAAACCCAUCACAGAGCCACCAAUUCACUCACUGAUACAUGAGAAAAACAAUGAACAUCAGAUCCUGGACCUCACCAACAAGAUCAUUGAGCUGCUGACUGGAGAGGUCCCUAUAAGGAGUCAGGAUGUCGCUGUCUAUUUCUCCAUGGAGGAGUGGGAGUAUUUAGAAGAACACAGGGAUCUGUACAGGGAUAUUGUCUUCACUUCCCCGGAUUUGUCUACCGCUACACAUGAACAUGGGGAACUCUGUACACCUGUUUCUUCGCCCUUUUAUUUGAAGAAUGAAAACUGUCUCCUUGCGACCAUACAGGACGUAAGAUGUUCAUCAAUAGGGAAACAAAAUAUGACAAACCAUUGGGACACUGUUGCCAAAAAAGCAAUUUCUUGUGAGGCAAGAUGUCUCCGCAACAACAUUAGUCCACCCACAGGUCAUAUAGAGCAAGCACCACAAAUAAACUACGGUAGUUUACAUACUGAACUUUCUAAAGAGCAUAAAAAUGCUAUUAAUUACAACCAUCCUGAACUUUUAGACCAUACAUAUGCAAUUACUGCACGUUAUAAACCACUAUUACUUGAGGAAAGAAACCCCACAGACACAGACAUUCCUGCACCCACAAAUCAUGCUCAGUUUAAGGAAGAACCAAACUUAUAUGAUGAUGGCAGUGUAACAUACACUGACCUCCACACUCCCAUGGGUCCAAUACAAUAUACAUCUGUCCACAUUAAGGAGGAAUCGAUGUUAUGUGAAGGAAAUACCAUAGAUGGUAUCACAGACCAUAAGCAAAAAUAUCAAUUUACUCAUAUUAAGGAGGAGCCAGCCUCGUGUGAAGUGUCAUAUUUCACAGACAGUAAUUGUUAUACACCCACAGAUCCUACGCAAGCUCUGUUUCAUAUUAAGGAAGAACCAGACUCAUAUGAUGGAGAAUGUCUUGAAAACACAGCCAUUCGCACCCCUAUAUACAAUAUGCACCAAUAUACAUCCCAUCUCCAAGAGCAGCAGCCAUCAGAAAUUGACAUAUACUUACCAACAGACACACAACAUGCAGGUGGUGGCAAGGAUGUCCAUAAAAAACAUGUUCAACAAAAUAAAUUGCGAGACAAGCCAUUUCUAUGCACUGAAUGUGGGAAACGUUUUCUGUGUAAAUCGGGACUGUCCACACAUAAGAAAAUCCACAUGUUUAGGAAACUGCACACUUGCACCGAAUGUGGAAAAUCUUUUCUCAGUCAUUCCUAUCUUGUAAGACAUCAGAAGAUUCAUUCUGGAGAAGAAGCUAAUUCUUGUGAAGACUGUGGUAAGUGUUUUUUGAAAGCAUCAACUCUCAGUGUUCACCAAAAAGUCCACACUAGGAAAGGCCCAUUUUCCUGUACCAGAUGUGGAAAACGUUUUCUCAGGAACUCGAACCUUAGCCGACAUCAGAAAAUUCAUGGACUUGAGAAACCGUUUGCUUGCUCAGAAUGUGACAAGUGGUUUUCUAGCAAAUCUGAACUUGUUGAUCAUCAGAGACAUCACUCGGGAGAAAAAACAUUUUCCUGCCCCACUUGUGGGAAAUCUUUUAUUAAAAUACAGAACCUGUUGAAUCAUCAAAGGUUGCACACUGGGAAGAAUCCAUUUUCUUGUAUCGAGUGUGGAAAGCUCUUUACCAGUAACACCUAUCUUAUACGCCACAUGAAUCUGCAUACAAGGAAGAAGACGUCAUAUCCUUGUCCAACCUGUGGAAAAUAUUUUAACAGCAAUUUAGAUCUCACUAUACAUCAGAGAAUUCACACAGAGGGAAAACCAGGGACAAGUUCUGAAUGGCGAAAAUGUUUCAUCCGUAAGUUAGGCUUUGUUAUACAUCAGCGGAACCAUGCUAAAGAAAAACCUUUCUCAUGUCCCAUAUGUAAAGAGCGGUUUUUAAAGAAAAUACAUUUGUUUCGUCACCAGAAACUUCACAGUGACGAGAAAUCUCUGAACGCAUAGAAAAUUUCUUAUAACAGGAAUGUUAUUUUUCAGGAGAAUCCCACACAGAUGAAUGGAGUGGCAGCAUGCAUGCGUGACGUUUCUCAGUUUAUUUAGGGGACUCCAGUUUCAUGAAUGGGGGUUCCAGUGGAUGGACCCUCCACUGAUCAGGCACUUAUCAUCUGUCCAGUAUAUACUGUAGGUGAUAAAUUAUCAAGGUGGGGCAACCCCAUUAAAUGUAAUUCAGAUGUAUUUAGUUUUCAAAGUAUUUAAUAAAGUGAAAGAAUUAUACAGAUCAAUUUCCCUUCAGAGCAAGAGUUUCUGAGAAACAUGGAGUGGUCAUUGUUACAGCAUUCACAUGACAUUGAUAAGGAAAUACGUCUACAGACUUGGUUCACUAUAGCUUUUUGUGAUGACUACUGGUGCUAUUCAAAGCUGCUUGGAGGAGCAUACACAGCCUGCUUAGUCAGUGUCACUGAUGCAAUCACAUUUAUGGUAUCUGGAAUAUAUUCUUAUUGAGUUGUCAGUAUACAUAGGUUUUGAAUGCUAUUAUGGUUUGACUUACUAUGUACUCUCCUUUGUUUUUGUCCGUUUACGUACAAUUGAAGUCAUAAGUUUACAUACCUUCAUUAAAACUCAGUUUUUUCACAAUUCUUGGUAUUUAAUCUUAGUACACAUUGCCUCUCAUAGGUCAGUUUUCAAGAAUGGGAAAUGUCAGAAUAAUAGUAGGGACAAUGUUUUAUUUCAGCUUUUAUUUCUUCACAUUUCCAGUGGCUCAGAAGUUUACAUACAUGUGAUUAGUAGCACUGCCUUUAAAUUGUCUGUUGGGUUAAAGGUUUUGGGUAGCCUUCCACAAGAUUCUCCCAAUAAGUUGCUUAGUCAGGGUUGUAGGCCUUCAUGUUCACACACACUUUUCUAGUUCUGUCCAUAUAUUUUCUUGUAAAAUUAUUAUUAUUUAUUUUUUUUUUUUUUUUCAUUUUAAAAAGGAUCACAAUUAUAACAUUUGAAUAGAAAUAGUGAAGGAGACAAACUUCCAGGCAUUAAGUACAUAAACAGUUAGCAUAUGUUUCAGUACAGUUUUCCAAUGUCAUUAACAAGGAUCGUAUGUAAAUUAUACGAUUCAAUUAAAAUUGUACUUUCUUUAUCUAUGUAUCACAAAUUGCAAUUACAUACAAUAGCAAAAUAUAGUAUGUUGUGAUGUAAGCUAUACCCGUGUAAAACAAACAAUAAAACAAAAAUUAACUUAACAAAGCAGGAUCAUCUUUUAAUCUGUCAGAGUUGUGAGUUGUAGAAUGUGCUGUCCAUCCAUUUAUCGCAUCUGAGGUGGAAAGUAGGGAUUCUAUUUUGUAUACGGGCAAUGACCAUUUCAAAUGAACAAGUAGUAUUGACAGUCUGCCAGACCUCCUUAAUGUGAGGAGUGUCCUUGGAUUUCCAAUGCCUAGUAAUAUCUAAUUUAGUAGCCAUUGCUAUGUGUGCUAUAAUUGAUUUAGAGUCUUCAGGGAAGUCAUUUAGUCCUAUCAGUAAUAGAGCAAGUUGUGGUGAAAGAGUAAAAUUAAAUCCCAGGACUGAUUUGAGAAGUGUAUUUGUAGCUUCCCAUAAAGGUUUUAUUGCUUUACAUUCCCAAAGGGUGUGAAUUAGUGUUCCUUUUUCUCCACAUUGUCUCCAGCAAGUGUCUGGAGUAUCUGGGAAUAUAAUAUGUAAUUUGCUAGGAGUAUAGUACCAUCUGAGGUACGUUUUAAUCAGGGCCUCUCUAUGGUUAGUGCUAUGGAAGUAUUUAUGGGUGUUUGAGAAUGCAUUGUGCCAUUCUUGUAGGGUUAAUUUCAGUUGGAGUUCCUCUUCCCAUUUCUCAAUGUAUCUAUUAGUAGAGAGAUUUUGGGUUUCAGCCAAUUCGUUAUAGAAUGUCGUUAUACCCUUAGACUUAUUAAACAAUUUAGAGAUCAGAGUCAUGUCUGGUGUUCUUUUCUUCUCUGAUAUUUUAUGUUUAUUAAUAAAGUCUUAUAUUUAAGAAUCUAUAAAAAUCAUCAUCCCCAAGUUUAAAUUUGUUUUUAAAGUUUGAGAAAGAUGUGAGGAUGCCCUCUUCAAAGAAAUCUUGGAGGGAGUUGAUACCUAAAGCCUUCCAAUGUAGUGUUGGAAUAAUGGGAACUAGGUAUUGUAUAAAUUCUAGUGUGGAAUCAACCAUAGGGGAGUAGAGUUUACCUUUCUGCUGUUUGAGAAACCACUUCCACGUUUCAGCCGAAACUUUUACAGCAUUAAUUGGGGGAGGGGAGGAGAAAGUCCCCAGGUGUAUGUCUGGUUCUCAUUGUAGUGAGUCUACAUAGAUCCCUUUCAAUUUGUACCCAUAAUUUACUGGGGUUAUCGGACCACCAGUGUGAGAGUUGGUCAAGCAAUGCUGAAAAAUAAUAAUUUUGAAUAUGAGGAACCCACAAGCCUCCUUUUUUAUGAUAUCUCAUAAUGGUACUAAAUGCAACUCUGGGUUUUUUGUCACCCCAGAUAAAUGACUUAAGUUUAGAAUUAACUGAUGUAAAAAAUAUCUUUGGAAUGUCAAUUGGUAGCGAUCUGAAGAGGUACAAAAGUUUUGGCAGAAGCAACAUUUUAUACGCCGCUAUUCUGCCAAGCCAAGAAAUCAUGUUUUUGGAGAAAUCAGUUAUAUCUUUUUCAACUUCAGUGACUAUUCUAGGAUAGUUUGUUUCAAAGAGUUUAGAGGAAGGAUGUGACACCUGGAUGCUCAAAUAUGAGAUUGUUUUUUUUGCCAAUCUAGUUUGUGAGAGGUUUGGAGAGAAUUCAAAAGAUUUGGGUUUAUAUUCAGUGGUAGGGCCUGAGAUUUAUCCUGGUUGAUUUUGUAUUAGGAAAUUUUACUGAAAGUUAGGGUAGUGUCAAAGAAUGCUUUUAAUGAGGAUUGUGGGUUUGUCAGGGUUAGUAUUAUGUCAUCUGCAAACAAAGCUAAUUUGUAUUCCUGGUGGCCAAUUUCUACCCCUUUGAUAUCUGGUUUCUGUCUAAUUGUAGUUGCUAAAGGUUCCAUUGAUAAUAUAAAGAGCAGAGGUGAGAAAGGACAUCCUUGACGGGUGCCAUUUGUAAUAUUGAAGCUUUCUGAUAUGGAGCUGUUGACAUAAACAUUAGCAGAAGGACUACUAUACAAUGCCUCAAUGCCUGUGUGUAUAUGGCCUAUUAUACCAAAUUCUUCUAAUACUCUAAAAGCAUAUUUCCAGUUAAUACGAUCAAACGCUUUUUCUGCGUCAACAGUCAGAAAGAUAGAUGGAAUUUUGUCUUUUUUCACAGCUUUGAAGUAAUUAAAUGACCCUUCUGGUAUUGUCCGGCUCUUGUCUACCCUUCAGAAAGCCAACUUGGUCUUUAUGUAUCAGUUCUGGUAGUAUAUUUUGAAACCUACUAGCUAUUAUUUUAGCAUAAAUCUUCACGUCCACAUUAAGUAGGGAUAUAGGUCUGUAAUUUUUAACCUCUGAAUUAUCUUUACCAGGUUUGGGAAUGGUUACUAUAGUUGCCCUCAACAUAUCUUUUGGAAAUUUCCCUGUAGUGAAUGCCAAAUUAUAAAUUUUAUGUAGGUAUGGGAGUAGAAUUGCUACAAUUUUUUUUAUAGUACUCAGCAGUAAAGCCAUCAGGGCCUGGGGAUUUCUGAUUAGGGGAUGAGGAUAAAGCUUUAGAUAUCUCUAUUUAGGAGAUUGGGAGAUUCAAAGUAUUGAGUUCUUCUAUUUUAAGUUUUGGUAGAUUAAGUUUUUUCAAGAAGUCUGAAAUUUCUAAUUCAGUAGGAGGAGAAUCCAAAUCAGAAGCUAAAUUGUAUAAUCUUUCAUAGUAAUCCUUAAAUGCAUUGGCAAUCUCUCUCGGAGCUAGUUUAACCUGUUUUGUAGUGGGAUGAACAAUUUUCCUGAUUUGUGAUUUUAGAAUUUUCGCCUUUAAUCUUCUGGCCAGUAGUGCACCUGAUUUGUUAUCAUGAGAGUAAUAAUUAAUCUUGGACUGUCUUAGGGAUUUCUCAUAUUUGUGCAAAAGUAAAUUAUAUAAUUUAAGUCUUUUUUUCUGUAAUUCUGUAGUAAUAUGAUAGGAUGGUUUGGCCUUAUUUUGGAAUUCUAGCUGUUUAAUUGCAUUAAGAGUUUCGUUCAUGUCUUUUUCUCUUUGCUUUUUGAUGUACGAGCCUAAUGACAUAAACAAGCCUCUUAUUUUAGCCUUGUGAGCAUUCCAUACAAUAAAGGGGUCCAUGUCUGGGGUGUCGUUUAUGUCAAAAUAGUCCUUUAGGUCUUUCUCUAUUGAAACUGUAAACUUGUUAUUGGAUAAAAUGUAUGGGUUGACCCUCCACAUAUAGUCAUUGAUCUGGGAGUGUGACCUUGAUAUGUUGAGGUUUAUUGGAGCGUGAUCAGUCCAAGUGAUACAUCCUAUUUCUUUUUUAAGUAUAGCGUCAAUUAGUGGUCUUUCUAUCAAGAAAAAGUCUAUUUUUGAAUAGGAAUUGCAUUUGUGCGAAAAAUGUGUAUAGUCAAAUAGGUUAUAGGUUAUAGUCAAAUAGGUUAUUUUGUUCUACUAAUUUUUGUAAAGCAGAAUCCCUAUAUCUGGCAGUAGAGUUGAGAACUGCAUUGAAGUCACCACCAAGUAUCAAGUGGCCUUUUUUCAUUGAGGUUAUUUUCGUAAUUAAUUUUCUCAUAAAUUUAGUCUGGCCAUUUUUAGGGGCAUAUACGUUAACCAAAGUGAGAAGUUUAUUCUCGACUAAGGCCCAAUAAUAAUGAAUCUCCCUCCAGGGUCAAUAUAUUGGUCCUGGAUUUCUGUAGAAACCGAGUCUCUAAAAGCAAUCAGUACGCCUCUUUUCUUUUUUAUAUAGGUAGAGUAUAUGAUUUAGGAGAAUCUCUUAUUUUGGAUUGUGGGGGUUUUAUCUUUUGAAAUAUGAGUUUCUUGGGCAAACAGGAUGUCACAUUUUUUUAUUUAAAGCCUCUUUCCAUAGCUGAUUCCUUUUAAACAGGGAGUUUAAUCCCCUGACAUUAAUUGAUGUUAUUUUUACCGCCAUUUUGUUACAAUCAGAAAUAGCUUUGUACCUUUUAACCUUCAGAUCGCCACACAAUUCAUAAACAAUGCUAAAUACACCAGUCUUUUCGUCUGCAUGGAUGGUCAAACAAGAAUAAAUGUGGUUAAACAUCAUAACAUUUUGAAGAAGUCCUGCAAAAAGAAUUAAUGAACAAGUAAUUGUUAAAUCAGUAGUAGUAAACAUAAACAACAAAAUAACAAGCCUAGCAUGAAACAAGGCAAAAGAAAGUUGAUGAACCAGUGUCAUCA